AUGGCCUGCAUCAAGAAGUUCCUCACCGCGGAGGAUCUCAAGAUGGCGCUCAAUAUUUUCUGCUGCGUCUACGGAAUUGGUACACUCGGUAUGCCCGGCAAUUUCUCGCGCGCCGGGCCCGUCCUGGCCGUCAUCGGCAUGGCUUUCAUGGCAUUUGCCAACGUGUGUGCAUCCGUGGCCAUCUGCCGCGUCAUGCUUUUGGCUCCCAAAAGUGUCAGGACCUACAGCGACCUGGGUGAAUGGUGCAUGGGCAAGUGGGGUCGCUGGCUUUCAGUCGUCUCGCAGAUGGCCUCGUGUCUUCUUGUGCCAUGCGUGCCUCUCGUGUUGGGCGGUACUCUACUGGACGGCCUCUUCCCAGACGCCUUCAGCACUAGCUACUGGAUCUGCUUCAUGGCGCUCAUGUGUCUACCCGUGUGCCUCAUUCCGACACUCAAGGAAGGUGCCGGUGCCGCCUUUGCCGGUUGCGCAGGAACGCUCAUUGCCGACGUCAUCGGCGUGGCCGUCGUCAUGUAUGGCAUGCGGGGACACCCAACGCCUCCGUCACCCGACAUCAAGUUCUCGCAGGUCGCGGGUAUGUUCGGUAACCUCUCGCUGGCCUACAACGCCGGCAUUGUGAUCCCAGCUCUGCAGCGUCAGCACAGCGAGCCUACACGCAUGCCUCGCGUGGUGUUCGCUACGAUGGCCUUUAUCUCGGUUUUGUUCCUGAUCCUCGCCAGCACGGCGUACUCGUCCGUGGGCUGCCAGAUCACUGGCAACCUGCUAUACUCCAUCUGCCCGGACUCGACUAACGGCCUCACCACACUGGGGUUCAAGUCGGACUGGGGCGCCGUCGUCAUGGCCUACUUCUUCAUGCAGCUGCACAUUACGAUCGAUUUCUCGGUCAUCCUGAACCCGGCCUUCUACCUCGCUGAACGCUUGGUCCUAAAAAUGCACCAAAAGCAGGAGGACGAUGUGGAAAAUGCUCUCACCUACGGGGCUUCUUCGUACGUCGCUGCCAACACGCCCAGUAAGGAUGCCGCUAACUUCGACGAUCGCCGCUCGUCUAAGAUGUCGUACAUCUCCAACGCCGACGCCGAGAGCCCUUACUUUGAUGAUGCUGAGGCGGAAGCUGCCGAGUAUCGUGGAAUCAACGCCAUCAAGUACGUGAUCCUGCGUGUCGCCAUCAUUGUGGUGUUAGUCAUCCUAUCGAUAAUCCUGAAGGACCAUUUCUCCGAUUUGGUGGACUUCGUGGGGGCCUCGUGCAUCACGUUGAUCAGUAUUCUGCUGCCCAUUAUCUUCCUGCUCAAGAAGCUGUGGCACGAGAUCCCGCUGUACGAGAAGAUCCAGGCGCUGAUUGUCGUGGUUGUGUGCGGUUUCCUGGGCUGCUACGUGACGUACACGUACGGCAAGACGCUGUUCGCGCCGACGGAUUCGGACGCUGAGUUCCCGUACUACGAUAGUGAGUACGAGAACCAACUAUACUACAACUACACUGCCGUUCACGGCGCGUAG